AUGUUGUCGCGCGCUGCCCUGUCUCGAGCUGCUGCUUUUCUCGUCCGCACAAAGCCCACACUUGGCUCAAGGCCAUUGGGUACUCUAUCACGCCCUCGAUUCGCCGCUACUCCCUUCCAGAUCCGCAGCGCCUCGCAUGUGAACAACUUCAACCGAUGGCUGUCAACAAAGUCUGCCGCCGACGAGGCCAUUGAGGAGAUUACUGAGCUAUACUCGACUGCCAGAGAUGAGUUCGAAAUGGCCAUGGAAGAGACCGAGAACAAGACCAUCUACGCCGAAGCCGAUCGCGAAGCUGCAAGAGAAGAGUUGACUAGAGUCCAAGAAGCAUACAGAAACGUUGUCGAAGGUCCCGACACUGAUUUGGCAGAAGAAGUCAAGAGAAGAAUCGGUCAAAGGAUUCGCGAGUUGGAGGCUGGCGUCAAGAACAUGGAAGACAUAGCCAUGAAUCAGGAUUAG